AGACGUGCGUACAUCUUCUCCGCUGAGAUUAAUAAAGUGCUAAAUUGUUAUUAGUUUCUAGUUCUAUCGACAAUUAUAUUAACUAAUGGAUUAUUUAGGACAUUUUAAUAUAUAAAAUUAUUUGUUUAUACAUCCGUUGGCUUCUGUUAAACAAUUUAAUCUUUCUGUUUAUGGGAACGUUUUGUAACUCAUAAAUAAAUACAAUAAGUAUAUAAGUAAAACGAGAUAAAAUCGUCUCUUCUACUAAAUAGGAUGGCGCAAACACGUGUUGUACGAACAGUACUGGGAGACGUUGGGCCAGACACCUUGGGAUUUACACUGACCCAUGAACACAUGGCGAUGGAAUUCCAGCAUUUCUAUCGUAAACCACCAACGAACAUAGAGGAAUAUUUCGAAACAAAUAAUAUCCGUUUGGAAAAUGUGGGUUACCUGAAACAAUACCCUUACAGCAGUUACGACAAUUUAAAUUUAAAUGAUAAAUAUGCAAAGACAGCAGUUACAAAUGACGUACGUAAAUUUAACAUAUCCGGAGGAGGGACAAUCGUGGAGAAUUCCACGGAAGGUCUUAAUAGAAAUGUUACAUUUUACAAAGCGGUCUCCGAAGAAACUGGUGUUAAAAUUGUAGCCGGAACAGGAUAUUACAUUUCCGACACAUUACCGAGCAAUCUACAGUUUUUACGGAAAGAAGAAAUGUACAACCAUAUGCUGGAUGAGCUAACGAAGGGUUGUAAUGAAAAUAGCACGAUCAAAGCAGGAUUUAUAGGUGAAAUCGCAAGUGUAUGGCCAUUAAGAGAUUCCGAACGCAAAGCGAUCCAAGCAACUGGUGAACUGCAGGAGCACAUGGGCUGCGGAGUCAGUUUCCACCCGCAUCGUGUCGUCGAAGCCCCCUUCGAGAUUAUACGCCUGUAUUUGGAAGCUGGCGGGAAAGCUAACAAAGCAGUCAUGUCGCAUUUAGACCGAACGCUGUUGGAAGAUGCAAAACUUUUGGAGUUCGCUGAACUGGGCACCUACUGUCAAUUUGAUUUGUUUGGUAUCGAGGUGUCCUACUAUCAACUUAACGCAGGCACCGACAUGCCAUCAGAUGCUCAGAGACUGGACAAAAUAAAAUUACUGGUCAAUGAAAAAAGAGAGGACAAGAUAUUGAUGUCUCACGACAUACAUACUAAACACAGAUUGACGGCGUACGGUGGGCACGGUUACGAGCACAUACUGAUCAACGUGCUCCCGCGCAUGAAGACUCGUGGCUUUUCUAUGGACGUCGUCAAUACUAUCACUGUUAAAAAUCCAGCGGAAUGGCUAGCCAUGCCCUCACCCUGAUUAACUAUCAGUUCAACAGUUUAUAUUGUUUACCUAUUUUUUUAAUGUCCCAAAUUUUACUUAUCUUGCUCUUCAAUUUAUUAAGCCCGUAAUGGUAUCGAUUCUGAAGCGCUAAUUUCUAAACUUAUAAAUUUAAAAGAAAUAAAGCUUUCUUCUUAAAAUUAAACUUUGGAUAAUUUCGCAAAAGCACCAUUUCUAACCAUUAUUAACUUAGUCAUAAAAAUAAAAAAAAAAAAACAAUAAAUACCUAGACAUCCUAUAGACCUAUUUUAACUAUUA